CGUACCAUAGUUACUCACCUUAUAAUAUCGUCAGGUGUAAAAUCAACAACGUUGCCGCGAACAUUUGAACAAUCGAAUGACAAGUCAGUACCAUUGGAUAAUAUUGUGGUGCAGUGGAUUUAAUCUACAUUAGUGCCUGAGAUGAAGUUCAUGAAUUUUAUUUUGUUUAUCACUAUACUUGGCGGAACGUGGCAGUUAGGCCAACCGACCUGUGUAUUGGAAUCAGAUUUCGGAUUUAUCCUCAACUGUGCUUUUAAGAAAUCUGGCCUGUUUCGAGUUAGAAACCUUGGUGGUGUCAAAGCUCACAUUGGCCUGGGCUUCAGCGUGGGCGAUGAGCUGGGCUUUAAGGAGUCGAUCUCGAACGUGGAGAUCAACAGGAGGAGAUCGGCGACGGCGUCGCAACUGCAGGCCCAGCUAAUCCAGGCGCAACAACAACAGAACCAACAAAAAGCCAGUAAAUCUAAAGCCAACUCAAUAGUGGUCCGUUCUCCAACACCUGUGGCCACAAUCGAGGCAGUGCCGGUGCCCAUAACCGGCACAAUGAAGAAGCCAAGCCAAUCCAAGCCGAUGGUGUCGGUUCCGCCCUUCAAACCGAUACCUCCGGCUCCGGAGCGGGCUCCGGUGCAACCAGUAGCUGUUUCCAAGCCUUCCUCUUCUUCUUCUUCUUCCUUAGCUAGUCCAGCUAUUAUGGGUUCAGUCAACUCUAAAUCUUCCUCUUCUUCUUCUCCAAGUAGCAAUAGUGUGAUGGCUGUCGUUGUACCUGUCUCUAAAGUACAAGCACAAGAUAAAAUGAGUAGCACCAACUUUGCUCUUAGAACUUUGGCGACACCAAAUAACGAACUACCACCCGUACCUCAGACCAGUUCGAACUCCAUUCAUGCCUUGUUGGCCGCCAACAACGUGACGGAGGACGCGCUGGAACAAGCUUUGAUACAAAGGCAACAGAUGUUGGCGAGGAUGAAGACCACAACGACGACGACAACGACGCCCAGGCCCGUGACCUCCAAGUACGCCAACAGUGUGGGCAAAGUCAUGAACGCCCCCAAAGAGUAUUACCCUGUGGGCUACGACAAGAACUUCGACGACAACUUCGCGUCCAGGGUGGAGUUGCCCGAAACGUCGUUCUAUUGCGGCGACCAAAAACACUUCCCCGGUUUGUACGCCGACGAAGAUUUGGGAUGCAUGGUGUUCCACGUGUGCGCACUGACGGACGAUGGACUGAUAAUGAAGAGCUUCCUCUGUCCGGAAUCGACGCUUUUCGAUCAAACGAUUUUGAAAUGCAACUGGUGGUUCUAUGUGGACUGCAAAAAUUCGAAGAAACUGUACGACUCGAACAUACCGAUUUCGAAGAGUUAUCAGCUAAUGAAGGCGCUGACUUUCUUCUCUACAUACAAAAAAGAUUCGGCACCUAACAAAUCAAAGGAUAAAGACUGAUUUUAACUUAACGUAGUUGUUAGUAAUUUUUUUUUUUACAAUUUUUAUUUAUGUUAUAAGGAGGUCUAUUAUUUAUUUGUGAAUUUGCGUUUUUAGCUGCACUAUUUAUUAACUAUUUCCAUAAUGCACUUGGUCUGGUAGUGAAAGUGUUCACUCUAAAUAUUUAAACACUCGGUGAUUUUCAAUUAUGUAACUGAUAUUUCCGUGCAUAUAAUAUGUUUUUGCUGUCACACUCGCAGUUCUUCUCCCUUCGAUUAAAAAUUUGCAUUGGCUCAAUAAAAAGUGCAUUAUAUUCAAUAAUUACAAUAAUUAAUGAAUUAAUUAAAUAAAAAUAUACAAACAAUAACCUUGAGAAUGACUAUGGGAAAGUUCGAUAUUUAUACAAUUACUUAUAAAUAAAUAAUAUGUAAAUUGGCAUCAAACAAUUACAGCCUCCUGCAUAUGCUCAAUUUUACAGUUUAAGUCUUAUCGUUUAAGGGUCAUUGUAUGCGGUGCUUUGAUUAUAAGGGAACUUACACCAUAAAUCUUCCAAUUAAUCUAGUCUCUUAUUAUUACUAUUUUUUAAUUAAAAUUUAAUAAACAAAUCCUAGGAAUAAGUAAACCUAUGUGACAUACUUUGCUUUUCUUGGAUGCAUUUAACAUUUAUGGAAUGAUUGAUGGUGCAAAUUCCAAACGAGUUUGUAUUUAUUUUAUAUAAAUAUAAAUUGUCCUUUUUACUGUUAUGAACGAUUAUGUGGUAUGAGAUACUAUUUUACCAAAUAUAUGUGGACGAUUGUUAAUACAUUCCUUUAAUGUCUUUGUUGUUGGUAGAUGAAUA